CAGACACGGGGCAGAGCGAGCGAGCGAUAGAGAGCGAGCGGAGACACAGCCAAGUCACACGUAACGUUAGCUUCCCACGACUUGUCAGAAAGUUGAGAAACUAUUAACUUUUUAAAAGUCCAGCUUGUUUGUCCAUGUUUGUUCGGGUGAAUUCUCUCCCUCCCCCCCUUUAAAAGACAGGACAGAAAUCUGCUCUGACCGUUGGCGGUUCGCUCGAUGAAAUUAACACGGGGUUUGAAUGGCGGGGUUCUAUUUAAUUUCGCGUAACGCCAGCGCUCUGCGGAAAAGUAACGUCUGUGCACGAGACGUUUAACCGAAGCUGGGGAGUUAAGUUUUGAGAGGUUUUUGUUCGCGUGAGGUAACGGUACUUUUUUUGUUUGUUUGUUGUUGUCGUCUUUAUUUCACCCUCUCCGGAUCCUGUUAUCAUGACGCCCGACCUCCUGAACUUCAAAAAGGGAUGGAUGUCCAAACUGGACGACUGCGGAGAGUGGAAGAAGCAUUGGUUUGUUCUGACGGAUGCUGGACUGAAGUACUACAGAGACUCCAGUGCAGAGGAGAAAGAUGAUAUGGACGGGGAGAUUGACCUAAAAUCCUGCGUGAAGGUGUCUGAGUUUGAUGUGGAGAAGAACUACGGCUUUCAGAUCCAGACGCGAGAGGCUGUAUUCACACUGUCUGCCAUGACGGCUGGAAUCAGGCGGAACUGGAUAGAGGUUUUAAAGAAGUGUAUCCGGCCCAGCAGCUCUCCAGACCUCACACAAUUACCUGACAGCAGCAGUGACAAGGAAAACUCCCACUCACGCUUUCUGCUGUCUUCACGUCGCCCGUCAUCACGUCACAGCGACGUUCAGUCAGAAGUUCCGACCUCCGCCCUUUCAACUCAGCGUAGGUUUGACUACGUCGAGCUGUCCCCUGUUCCCGCCUCCUCCGGUCCUCUCCCAGCCAGUCAGAGAGAAGCAGGAGAGGGGCAGGGGAGGGAGCACAUCCAGUGGCAGGAGGAGAGGAACACGAGCAGCCAGUGGGAGGCUGUGCUGUCCAGGAAGGGCACUGGCAUAGGAUCGAACCAAAGGCUUCGCAUGGAGGAUGAAAUAGAGAAAAAGUGGGCCGAGUUUGAACGCAUGCCGUUAAAGGAGAUGGGCUCUUUACCAUCAGUGGGAUCACGGUCCUCCAGCCAGUCAGCCAAUGAGGCGCUGCAGAGGGAGGUGGCGUCACUGAGGCAGCAGUUGGAGGAGCUACAACGAGGGGGAAGAGGAGGAGGAGGAGUAGGAGGGAGAGGUGUGCGGGGCGGCUGUGGCCCUGAGGCCCCCUGCGGCCGCAGCCUGGCAGCCAUGGAGCGCGCUCACCGACAUGCGUUGGAGGAGCUGCAGAGGCAGCACGACCGCCAGAUCAAGGAGCUGGAGGCGGAGAAGGACAGGCUGCUGCUGGAGGAGACGCAGGACACGGCGCGAGUGAUGGAGGCUUUGAAGAAGAAACACAAAGAGGAGCUGGAGAGAGAGUUGGAGAAAGCGAAGAGGCUAAGCAGUGGGGUGCUAGACUCGCAGACCUUGCGAGCCCAACAACAGGCAGAAACUCAGUCCUUGCAGAGAGAGCUGGCUGGACUGUCUGAGCGCUAUUCUCAGAAGUGUCUGGAGCUGAACCGAGCCGAGCAGAACAACGCAGAGAGAGAGAGAGAGAUCAGCCGCAAGGAGAGAGAUAUGGAGCAGCUGAGGAAGGAGAACCAGGACCUAAAGGCCCGUUGGAUGGAGGAGAUCGGCCGUAUACGAUCUACCAUCACAGAUCAGGGCUCAGGGGACAACAAAGACAGGACGCCCUGCGAACUAGAGGUUCUUCUCAGGGUGAAAGAAAAAGAGAUCGAGUACUUACACAAGGAGAUCAGCUGUCUGAGGAAUGAACUGCAGGUUCUGAACACGGAGAAACGGCUGGCCUGUGAGCGAUAUACAGAGGCGCAUGAGGAGCUGAGUGGGAUGAAGGGCCGGAGCGAGCGAGAGAUCCAGAGUCUGAAGGAGCACUUGAGGCUGGCCAUGGCUGCUCUGCAGGAGGGGCAAAAGCUGGGCAACAGCCUGGACCACUGAGAACCUGCUGCUGGUACUGACGCGCUGGCGGACACAGUGACAGACGUGUCUGCACUGUGGUGACUGAAUCAAAGAGACACAGGAGGAGCAGAGGAGAUGAUUGUUGGACUUGUACAGUUCCAGCUGUGUGGGGACCAUGAUAGUGCCUUAGUUUUCAAUCGUUCUGCCAAUGAGCAGGUUAGAGUAGCUAUUAGCUGGUUUCAUUACACUGGGCCACACAUGAUAUAUAAAACUGCACUUUUUUUUCCCCCAGUCUCACUUUCUUUUUCUUUUUUUUUUUUGUGAGUGCAAGCGUGAAUGAGUGCGCAUUUGGUCUUAAAACUGGAAUAUUUGUUGAGUGACGUUUUCUUUUCUUUUUUUUUUUUAUCAGGUAUUAUAGAUAAACAGUUCAUGCUGUAUCAGCUUUUUUUGUUGGAUAAACUUCUCAAUGCCACUGUGUCUUCUGCCUGAGAGCAGGAGUUAACGCAGUUACAGCAGAGCUACUGUCAUCUCAGUUUUCUGUUAUACAGCUUUUGAGUCAUGUUUACUCUGUGAAAAUGGCACACAUUUCUUUAGAAAUGGAAGCUUAUCAUUUGAUGUAAUUAUUUUUCUACCUAGUAAUAUUCUUUCUUGUAUUGUGCUUGCAAAUAUGAAAUUAAAAAAAAAUGGGAUUAAUACAGGACAAGACAGCAAAUGUUUCUAAUUCCUGGUGACCUUAAUUGCAAGUUGAUCUAAUUGUAUAGAAGCAUAUUCAAGGUCAGCUUUCUUUGGGGAUGCUUGCAAAAGCUGUUGAAUGAACGUUAUCCCACGUCACAGAUGUCUUUAUUUUUAAACCAUGUCUGAGAAGCACGCUUCCAGUCUGCCCUGAUCAUUAUUGGCAUUUAUUUGCCACCACCACAACAAAAUGACAGGUGUUGCAUCAAUGAGCCAAUUUUUUAUUGACAGUAUGUAUUGUGAUAAAAUGACUUAUCUACCUGCCUUUUGGAAACUUUUUUCAUAUUUAAUGUACUGAAGAGGCUGUAUCAUCUUUGUAAAUUAUACA